AGUUUCUUGGGCCCCCGGCAGCCAGCGGGACAGAACGCACAGAGCCGCCGCCCGGCCGGCGGUGGAUGGAGGUAACGGAGACCGCGCGGCGCCGGGAGUGAGCGGCCGAGCGGUCGAGCGGCCGGACCUCAGCGGACUCGUCAUGGAAGAGGAGGGCGUGAAGGAGGGGGGCCAGAAGCCUCGGGGAGCGCAGACAGCGGACAAGGCUGGCUGGAUCAAGAAGAGCAGCGGGGGCUUCCUGGGCCUCUGGAAAGACCGCUACCUGCUCCUCUGCCAGGCCCAGCUGCUGGUCUACGAGAACGAGGAUGAGCAGAAGUGUGUGGAGACAGUGGAGCUGGGCAGCUAUGAGAAGUGCCAGGACCUUCGUGCCCUCCUCAAGCGGAAACACCGCUUUAUUCUGCUGCGGUCCCCAGGGAACAAGGUCAGCGACAUCAAGUUCCAGGCACCCAAUGGGGAGGAGAAGGAAUCCUGGAUCAAAGCCCUCAAUGAAGGGAUCAACCGAGGCAAGAACAAGGCUUUCGACGAGGUAAAGGUGGACAAGAGCUGUGCCCUGGAGCAUGUGACACGGGACCGCGUACGUGGGGGUCAGCGGCGCCGGCCCCCUACAAGGGUCCACCUGAAGGAGGUAGCCAGUGCAGCAUCCGAUGGGCUUUCGCGCCUGGACCUUGAUGUUCCUGACAGCGGGCUGCCAGUGUUUGCCCCCAGCAAUGACGUCAGUGCAGCCCAGCCCCGGGAGACACCCCGGCCGCCCAUGCCUCCUACCAAGCCUUCCGCAGCGCCUGAGACAACCAGUCUUGGUGACGGAGUGGAGACCCCUGUAGGGGAGAGAGCCUCCACCCCUGUCCCAGCAAGCUCUGAGGCCCACCCUGAAAGCCGAGAAGACUCAGAGACUCCAGUGGGGGAGGACAGGGGCUCUGAGCAGCCCCCCAACAGGGUCCUGCCUGACAAACUGAAGGUGAGCUGGGAGAGCCCCAGCCCUGAGGAGCCCCCCGACCCUGAGAGUACAGAACCGCCCCAGGUGCCCGAUUCUGGGACUUCCAAGGCCGUGCCUAGGGAGGGUGGGAAGCCCCCUCCACCCCCUACACCCCCACCCAAGAUCUUAUCGGAGAAACUGAGAGCCUCCAUGAGUGGCGUGCAGGCUUCUGGGCCAGCCCAGAGUCCUGGGGCCUCUGAGACCUCUGCCCAAGGCCCAGCACAGGUCUCGGUGAAUGGUAUGGAUGACAGCCCUGAGCCCAUCAAGCCAUCCCAGGACGCAGGCACCCCAGGAACUCUCCCAAAGGAUGCAACAACGUCCACAGCCCUGCCCCGCUGGGACCCGCAGCCUCAGUUCCAUCCCCGCUGCUCCUCCCUGGGGGACCUGCUUGGGGAAGGCCCCCGACGUCCACGGCAGCCUGGGGAACAGCUGUAUCGGGCCCAGCUGGAGGUGAAGGUGGCCUCGGAACAGACGGAGAAACUGUUGAACAAGGUGCUGGGCAGUGAGCCGGCUGCUGGGAAUGCCGAGGCAUUGCUCAGCCAGGCUGUGGAGCAGCUGAGGCAGGCCACCCAGGUCCUGCAGGAGAUCAGAGAUCUGGGCGAGCUGAGCCAGGAAGCACCUGGGCUCCGGGAGAAGCGGAAGGAGCUGGUGACCCUCUACAGGAGAAGCGCACCCUAGGGCCUGCCGGGCCAAAGCAUGGUCCCUCCUGGCCGGCUCAGUCCAUCGGAGCCCAGCCCUGCCGAGAAAUGUGCUUCUUUCCAGGCUGUAGAAGGGCCAUCAGGCAUGUCAGGGUUUGGCCAGGACCUGCAGAGACUCCUGGGAUCCUUCUCGCCCUGCCUUGGCCAGAGGUGCCAGGUGCCACCCAGGGCUGCUCUCUGGCCGGGCCUCCGGCUCUGGGCUUGGGCUGGGAGCACACAUGCGGUACCUCUGUGCUGGCGUGAUCGUUCCGAACAGCCCCAGGGCCCUGGCACAGCGCUCGGGUUUUUGAGGGCGGCGUCAUCUCUGCUUUGCGCCCUCAAUAGUUUACAUUCCUGACUUCUGAAUAGAGCACAGCUGAGCCCCCCUGCUGCCUCCAUGUCCAGAUGUUCCCAGGCAGAGGCAGCUUCAAGCCAUAAGCAACCCUCCCCACCCCCCUAUUCCUAGUAGCUGCAGGGGCCUUGGGUCUAGACUAGAGGUUUGUCCUUCAGCUGAGUGAGACCUGGAACCCAGCUAGGGCCUCUGAAGGCAGGUGGGAGGCAUCUGUGUGAGAAAGCCAUUAGCUGUGAGCCCCCUCCCUGGGCCUGUUUCCUAUUCUGCAGGCCUUCCCCUCUGGUGAGCCGUGAUUGGAGGACUCCAGGGUGGAGGAGGAACUCGAAGGGUCUCUAGUCUAGUCCCUGCCCCUGGACCUGCUUGUGUCCAGCCUUGCACAUUCCUGUACAGGUGAACCCGAUGUCGACAUCAGAACAUCCUGUAUGUAAUUCAUUAUAAAUCAACCUUCAGAAGAGAAGCUGCCCCAACUUCUGUGCCUCCCAGAUGGGAUUUAUAGCUGGGUCUCUGUGGUUGCUUCUCAACCCAAACAGGUCCAAUAUCCCAGUUAUUUCUUCGAAUGCCGAUGGGAAUGUGUUGGGACCUGAACCCACUUCCCUCUCCCCUUUCCCCUCACCCCUCUGGCUCAGGCUAGAGGGACUGCUCCUCCUGAACUUCCUUGUGGAAGGAGCAUUAGCUCCUUCCCUUUCCUGGUCCGUGCCUGCACCCUGGGCCUCUCCCGAGCCCCUCCCCCCCAUCGUCUCUGGCUCCAGGAGCACAUCCAGUCUCCAUCCUGCUGCAGCGGCCGGACUGAGGGCAGUCUAUAGGUGCAGAGGCCCUGAGGGCCACAGCCACUCUCCCUGGGGCCUGCGGGAGUAGGCGCAGCUUCUGACAGGCCUGCUCAGGGGUUUCUGCAAGUGCACUUUUGUUUACUGAAAGAGAAGGAGGGUCACAGCUGCGUGCCUGGCCUUCCUGCCUACUGCCUCACCCCCAGCCACUAGUCAUGCCCUCUGAGGCCCACCGGCACAGGUCACUGUCUUCUUUACUUCUCCUUGGUUCUUGAGGGCAGUGUCCAGGGAUCGGGAGGGGCACGUGUCCACUCUGCGGCCUGUACUGGGCAGGGGUGGAGGCAAGCAGCAAGGUCAUGGCUCGUGAGCCUGCCUUGGCCUCCCUAAGCCACACUCCUUGAACAGACUAGGCUCCCACGCCACAGUCUGCCUGUCUCUCCAUCUGUCUCCAGUAUGAGAGCAAGAAUGUCGCCAGGGGCCCACAGUCACGUGGCCCCCUGCAGUCUUCCUUUGGGGAACAGCCUUGCUCCACCAGCAGCCUGGGCCGGCUGGAGCAUUAGCCAAGUCGCCUCCUUCCUGGGACUAGAGCCUCAGUUUCCUCCUCUGAUAAGUGACCAGGCUGAGCAAGUAGCUCUGGGGUCACCUUAGUGGCCUAAUGCCAUUGGUUUCUGUGGGGUUCCUGUGCCUUGGCAGCCUGGACCCGAGGGGGAAGCCAGCUUCCAGGGGAGGGGAGAGGAUCGGGAAUUCACAGGGGCUGCCUGGCCUGCCUCCUUGAGGAGGGUGGCAUUCCAUGCCUUCUGCUUAUGAAGCGCCUUUCUUGAAGUUUGGCAAUAAAUCCCUUUUCGUGGAACUUCGCUGCCACAAGCCUGUUUGUUGGCGUGGGGACCAGCUCCAGGGCCUCAUGGAAGCGGAGGGUAGGUGGUGGUUGACCGGGGCAUCACCUUUCCUCCAAGCUCUCUUCGAGGGCCCACUUCUCAUAGGCUAGGCUGGGGGCCUCGCCCUCCCUCAGUGCUCCACCUUCGCUAAACUUGGCCAGGCGCUCCAGUCUCACCCCCUGCCCCCAACAUGUUUCUACAGCCCGGAGGCUAAGUGUCAUAGGGAACAAUGCUUUUCAGUUUUUAAAAACUUCAUUUGGAAAUAAUUUCAAACACAGAGAAAAGUUGCGAGAGUAAGUAUAGGACAGAGAACACGCAUAUACUCUACUCAGAUUGACCUGUUGCCUUGUCUUUUGAGUGCCUUCUCUCUGUAGUAUACACACAAUUUUUUUUUUCUGAGUCUUUGGAGAGUUAGUUGUCAUGGCCCCUUUCCCCUAAAUACUUCAGUGUGUAUAUCCUAAAAAUAAGCAUAUUCUCUCAUUAAUCGUAGUGC